AUGGCCGUUCCCACGUGUAUCACAGCCAAGCCUGGCAGCCGGUGGUGGCUGGCGUAUAUCAGGCUUGCCGAUCCCCCUCUUUUGCUGCACUCCAGCACCGUUCACCUAGCUGCAGGAGCUCUGCCAAACAUGAAGUCCUCGCUAUCACUGGCCGUCCUUGCGGUGGCUGGCACGGUUGUCGCCGACGACUACCUCUACAGCAAGCGCCUGGCUAAGCGGUUUGUCGACGAUGACGGCAACUACAACGUUUCCUUCUUCCAUGUUAACGAUGUCCACGCACACCUCGACCAAUUCGCGUCCUCGGGAACAACCUGCGAGGACCCAGAGGAGGGCUGCUAUGGCGGCUAUGCGCGUAUCAAGACCAAGGUCGACGAGCUCCGCGAGCAAUACCCGGACAACUUGUGGCUCAAUGCCGGCGAUGAGUUUCAGGGCACGCUCUUCUACUCGUACUACGGAGGCGAGAAGAUCGCCGAGACCAUCAACGAGCUCGGAUUCGAUGCCAUGACGCUGGGGAACCAUGAGUGGGAUGGCGGCGACGAAGCUCUCGGCGAGUUCUUGCUCAAUUUGACAUUUCCCGUCGUGUCGUGCAACGUCAAGAGUGAGGUCAAGUCGCUUAAUGAGACGAUCAAAAACUACGUCAUCUUCGAUGAGCAUGAAAUUGCCGUUAUUGGCGCCACGACCACCACGACACCGGGGAUUUCGAGUGUCGGUAACACGACCACCUUCCUUGACCCCGUCGAAGAGAUCCAGAAGGCUGUCUGGGAAAUUCGCAACGAUACUAACGUCAACCGCAUCGUGGUCCUCUCCCAUCUCGGCUACGAUGUAGACCAGGAGCUCGCAGCGCAAACCGAGGGUCUCAGCCUGAUUAUUGGAGGCCACACACAUACUCUUCUCGGCGACAUGGAAGAUGCCCAGGGCGAUUAUCCGACCAUUGUCGAGGACUUAGGAGGCCACGAGGUGUUCAUUGUGACCGCCUACCGCUGGGGCGAGUACAUCGGCGCCAUCGACCUCACGUUUGAUGAUGAAGGCCAUGCUCUCGCAUACCACGGCGCACCAAUCCACAUGGACAACAGCACGGCCCUCGACAAAGAGCUCGACGCCAAGAUCCAGGGGUGGGCUGAGGCCUUCGCCGGUUUCGCAGCCGAAGUCCUAGGCGAGACAGACGCUGAGCUCGUGCAGGAGACCUGCCAAGAGGGCGACUGUCUGCUAGGCCAGGUCAUGGCGGACGCGAUGCUCGAAUACCGCCUCAACCAGACGGAGGGCAUGGACGAGCGGCCUGAUCUGGCGCUGAUCAACUCCGGUGGUGUGCGUGCAACGAUCGACGAAGGCGAAAUCACCCGCGGCGAAGUCCUAACCGCAUUCCCCUUCGGCAACGCAAUCGUCGAGCUCGAAUACUCCGGCUCUGAUCUCCGCAAGAUCCUGGAAGGCGCAGUUUCCUACGUCAAUCAGUUCAACGACGCCGAGAUCUCAUCGUGGUUCCAGGUCUCGCGCGGCGUCAGGAUCGAGUUCAACCCUGAUAAUGACCCCGGCAGUCGCCUGGUGAAUGUUACCAUCAACAACGACGCGAUCGAUGAUGAGCGCGACUACCGCGUUGUCACGCUGGACUUUUUGGCCGGCGGCGGCGAUAACAUCUUUGUUGCGACGGAUGACUUUAUCUCUCUUGAUACGCAGGAUGAGGUGUUAACGCAGUAUAUUGAGGCGCGGACGCCACUAAGCCCGGAGCUUGAGCAGAGGGUUGUCGAGAGUGAUGGGCAGGCGGGUGAGGGGAGUGAGGGUAGCAGCGAGGAGGGGGCUGGGGCUGAAGAUGAGGAUACACCUCCUGAUGCUGCGGGCAUGCUGGCUGUUCCUGUCUGGACGGCUGUUGUUGGGACUGUUGGGGUCAUGUUGAUGAUGUAG